AUGGAACAAGAAAUGGAAAGACGUCAAUUCAAAUUGGCCCAAGUACAGGCCUGUCAGCCAGAAGAUAGCAGGCCCACCAGGAAAUGGACAGGACAUGACCGUGAAUGGUGGUUCGAGGGUUGGCCAAAGAGCUGGUUAGAACCUGAACAAAGUUCUAACCAGAUAUUUGAGGAUUGUCAGCCAGAAGAUAGCAGGCCCACCAGGAAAUGGACAGGACAUGACCGUGAAUGGUGGUUCGAGGGUUGGCCAAAGAGCUGGUUAGAACCUGAACAAAGUUCUAACCAGAUAUUUGAGGAUUGUCAGCCAGAAGAUAGCAGGCCCACAGAGAAAUGGUCAGGACAUGACCGUGAAUGGUGGUUCGAGGGUUGGCCAAAGAGCUGGUUAGAACCUGAACAGAGUUCUAACCAGAUAUUUGAGGAUUGUCAGCCAGAAGAUAGCAGGCCCACAGAGAAAUGGUCAGGACAUGACCGUGAAUGGUGGUUCGAGGGUUGGCCAAAGAGCUGGUUAGAACCUGAACAGAGUUCUAACCAGAUAUUUGAGGAUUGUCAGCCAGAAGAUAGCAGGCCCACAGAGAAAUGGUCAGGACAUGACCGUGAAUGGUGGUUCGAGGGUUGGCCAAAGAGCUGGUUAGAACCUGCACAAAGUUCUAACCAGAUAUUUGAGGAUUGUCAGCGAGAAGAUAGCAGGCCCACAGAAGAAUGGACAGGACAUGACUGUGAAUGGUGGUUCGAGGGUUGGCCAAAGAGCUGGUUAGAACCUGAACAAAGUUCUAACCAGAUAUUUGAGGAUUGUAAGCCAGAAGAUAGCAGGCCCACCAGGAAAUGGACAGGACAUGACCGUGAAUGGUGGUUCGAGGGUUGGCCAAAGAGCUGGUUAGAACCUGAACAGAGUUCUAACCAGAUAUUUGAGGAUUGUCAGCCAGAAGAUAGCAGGCCCACAGAGAAAUGGUCAGGACAUGACCGUGAAUGGUGGUUCGAGGGUUGGCCAAAGAGCUGGUUAGAACCUGCACAAAGUUCUAACCAGAUAUUUGAGGAUUGUCAGCAAGAAGAUAGCAGGCCCACAGAAGAAUGGACAGGACAUGACCGUGAAUGGUGGUUCGAGGGUUGGCCAAAGAGCUGGUUAGAACCUGAACAAAGUUCUAACCAGAUAUUUGAGGAUUGUCAGCCAGAAGAUAGCAGGCCCACCAGGAAAUGGACAGGACAUGACUGUGAAUGGUGGUUCGAGGGUUGGCCAAAGAGCUGGUUAGAACCUGAACAAAGUUCUAACCAGCUAUUUGAGGAUUGUCAGCCAGAAGAUAGCAGGCCCACCAGGAAAUGGACAGGACAUGACCGUGAAUGGUGGUUCGAGGGUUGGCCAAAGAGCUGGUUAGAACCUGAACAAAGUUCGAACCAGCUAUUUGAGGAUUAG